AUGAGUGAAAAGUUCACAAAUCUACCACCAGAGAUACUGUUGAUGGUGAGCAAACAUCUGGUUCUUCACUAUGCGAUAGCUUCACUAUCUCAUGUCUCUCGGUCGAGGCAACGCGCGAUCGAGCCAUUGAAGGAUAUAUGGGCUACUCAUUUCAACCUGGACGGAAUUGAGUAUAUAGCUUCCUUGUCGAAUACUCCAAAGCCUGGAGGCCGCUUACUCUGGAGAGAGUUUAAGAGUCAGGAAGAGAACUUUCUUUUCAUUUCAGAAGAUCAUCUCGGUAUUCGACAGAUCAUUAAUGAUCCUGGAGCUGUUACAUCGGAGCAAGGUCACUCAGGCUGGUGGCGAACACUCCCUGUCACCAGCAAAUUCCUCUCAUUCUCUGACGAUGGUCUCAAAUUGCGCAGUUUCGCUGCCGCUCCGUUGAAUCCCACCAUUUGUUGGCCGUAUCCCAUGGCCCCGGAUGCGUUGAAGAACAUGGCUUACCACGUCACAAAAGACUCAUCUUCAAGUCUUGGCAUGACUAUCGAAGCUCGCAUGGUUGCUUUGGAGUUCAACGAGCCUGAGAUCACGGGAUAUUCUGCUUGUUGGUACAAGGGCCGGCUGGUAGAUCUUCAUACGCACAAGGCUGAAGAGUCCUUGGCCUUUUAUUGUGAGCUGGACGGAUUGGCGAAGCAACAGUUGGCCAAGGAAAAGUCAGAUGAUUCGACCGCAAUUUCAUCCCCUCAUUGGACUUACCAUCCGCUGAAUCCCGGAGAACACGUCGAGCAAGUCUGGUUGCGCACAAAGAAGGAAGCAGACGAGAAGGACACAAGUGAAGAUGAAAGAAGACCAAAGACAUCAAAUACUGCCACUGAGACUGCUAUUUCGCGAGUGGAAAUGCGUAUCCAAAGACUCAACGGAAAUCCCAAUGCUAGUGUACUUCAGCCCUCGUCUUGGGGGCAUUUCUUUGUUCGCAUCACCGACUGUGAAAGGAAGUGA